AGCCAACUAACCGCUCGUUAGCUCUGCUGUAUGGAUGGAGAGAGCGCCAGUCACCGUGGUUUUGCUGUCGAGCUAACUUUAGGGGUGUCCCUUUGGCUCGGCAUACACACACGCUGUGUUGGCUAACGUUGAGGAGGACAGUCAGUCCGCUGUUAGUCGCUGCAGCUGCUCCGUGUUCAGGUUUCUGGAGCUCAGUACAAUGGCAGCACCAAUUCCCACCGUAACAGCAGAGGGUCUCAUAGCCCCAUCCCAUGGCUGUCCCAUCAUGCACCAGGAGGCCAAAAGCACCAGUGCUCCUCCAUCAGAAUGUCCCAUGCACCAAUCAGCAGCGGCCUCCUCGAAUCCAAACUCCUCCUCCAGUAGCCCUGCGGUCCCAGCUCACCAGGAGAGAGCCUAUGACUUUGUUGAAUGUCCCAUGAAGGCUGCUAAUAGAGACAAGUACAAAUCUACAGACAUUAACCCAGACAAUAUGAUGCCUCCACCCAAUCAGCAGCCGUCUCCAGGCCAGCCUUUCCCUCUGUCUGUGGGCAGACAGGAGUCUGCGAUCCCACGAGCCGGCUCACACCAGAACUGGGUUUACCCAUCGGAGCAAAUGUUCUGGAACGCCAUGCUGAGGAAAGGAUGGCGUUGGAAUGAGGGAGACCUGAGUCAACAGGACAUGAGCAACAUCAUCAGAAUCCACAACCACAACAAUGAGGCCGCCUGGCAGGAAAUACUGAGAUGGGAGGCUCUGCAUAAGAGGGAAUGUCCAUGUGGUCCAUCUCUGCUGCGGUUUGGGGGAAAAGCCAAAGAGCUGACACCCAGAGCAAGGCUCAGACACUGGAUGGGCUAUGAGCUUCCGUUUGACCGGCAUGACUGGAUUGUGGACCGCUGUGGGACGGAGGUGCGUUACGUUAUAGAUUACUACGACGCCGCUUCAGUGGACCAGCGAGACCAGAACAAAACCAUCCUGGAUGUCCGGCCCGCUCUGGACUCUCUCAGCGCCGUCUGGGACCGCAUGAGAGUCACAUGGUGGCGCUGGACACAUUAACACCUGGCCUCUCACUUUCAUGCCUGCUGUGUGUCGGCAGUAACAUGGAUGAAUUCUGAAAGGACGAUACCAGUGAUCCUGCAUGAUUAGCGUAAUAUCUACAAAAUGUAUAAAAUUAUGUUUCUGUUAAUCUUUUCCCUAAGCAAGCAGUCCUAUUUUAGAGCUCCAAUAUCAUUUUUCCACCGCUUUAUCCAGCCGUUGGUUUCCACUCAUUCCACUGUAAUAUGAAAAUGAACUUUCAGAGAGUUCAACCUUUCUUCACACCAGUUUUCCAUCACUGUAAUAAAGU